AUGGGCAAGAAACCAGUUUUGAUUGCAAGCCUGGGCCAGGAGAGUGCUGGAAUUGUGACAAGUGAUGGAGAGUCAUCUCAAGCAUUCAAAGUGCACAAGGGAAUGGGUCUUAUAAAUCACGUCUUCAACGCAGACAGCCUGAAGAAGCUGUACGUUUCAAACCUCGGUAUUGGGCACACGAGGUACUCCACCUCGGGAAUUUCUGAGCUGCAGAACUGCCAGCCUUUUGUCGUGGAGACUCUUCAUGGGAAGAUUGCUGUGGCACACAACGGGGAGCUAACAAACGCUGUACGACUCAGGAGGAAGCUUAUGCGGCAUGGUGUAGGACUGUCGACCAGUUCUGACAGUGAACUGAUCACGCAGCUGCUGGCUUUCACACCUCCUCUAGAAAAUGACGAUACAGCCGACUGGGUAGCAAGAAUAAAAAAUUUAAUGAAUGAAACUCCAACUUCAUAUUCAUUGCUAAUUAUGCAUAAAGACAUAAUCUAUGCAGUACGUGAUCCGUAUGGGAAUCGCCCACUCUGCAUUGGUCGCCUUAUUCCAGUAGGGGACAUGAAUGGAAAAGGAAAAGAUAACAGUGAAACAGAAGGAUGGGUAGUCUCUUCUGAAUCCUGUAGCUUUUUGUCUAUCGGUGCAGAGUACUAUCGUGAGGUCCUUCCUGGAGAGAUUGUGAAAAUAUCCAGAUAUGAUGUCCAGACACUGGAUGUUGUACCAAGACCUGAAGGAGAUCCGUCAGCAUUCUGCAUCUUUGAAUAUGUUUAUUUUGCAAGACCAGACAGUAUUUUUGAAGGUCAGAUGGUGUAUUCAGUCAGGAGAAGGUGCGGGCAGCAGCUUGCAAUUGAAGCACCCGUGGAAGCAGACCUGGUCAGCACUGUUCCAGAGUCUGCAACCCCAGCAGCUCUUGGUUAUGCUCAAAAGUGCGGGCUCCCAUAUGUUGAAGUACUCUGUAAAAACCGAUAUGUAGGAAGAACGUUUAUCCAGCCAAAUAUGAGGUUACGGCAACUUGGUGUUGCAAAGAAGUUUGGCGUUCUGUCUGAUAAUUUUAAAGGCAAGCGAGUUGUUAUCAUUGAUGAUUCAAUUGUGAGGGGCAAUACCAUUUCACCCAUAAUAAAACUACUGAGAGAAUCAGGAGCCAAGGAGGUGCACAUCCGUGUGGCUUCACCUCCCAUAAGAUUUCCUUGUUACAUGGGAAUAAACAUUCCAACUAAAGAAGAACUCAUUGCCAACAGACCUGAAUUUCAUGAUCUUGCAAACUAUAUAGGAGCAGACAGCGUUGUCUAUCUUUCUGUGGAAGGGCUGGUAUCGUCCGUGCAAGAAAGCAUCAGAGCAAGACAAGAGAAUGAGAACAGCCUUAAAACCCAGAAAUCGCGUGUUGGAAAGAUUGGUCAUUGCACAGCGUGUCUCACCGGAGAGUAUCCCGUAGAGCUGGAAUGGUGA